UUUUAUGGAAGACUUUGGAUCGGAUAAUGUGUGGAAAUUGCAAAGUUUUUGAAUUUGAUUAAGCAAGUUGCAGUGUAAUUAAUGGAGAAAUAACGAUGUGCGGAAACCGAUGGCUUCUUUGACUUUAAUUCGGUCCCAUUUCCCCAUCUAGUUUCGCAAGGUUUUUAUUUUAUUUGCGAGUACAUAACCCUAUUGGCCUCGCCAUGCCUCCAAUGACUCUCCUGAAUCAUCGACAUUAUUGUAGAAUCAAUCAACGAUUUUACGGUAUUUUGCAACUGAUCGGUUUCUCUAUGAUAGUAGUAGUAGUUCGGGUGAAUAACCCUAUUGGCCUCGCCAUACCUCUAAUGACUCUUCCGCAUCAUCGACAUGGUAGAAUCCAUCAACGAUAUUUGUUUUGUAUCUUUCAUCUGACCGCUUUCUCUACCAAUAUGGUAGCUCGAGUAAAAAAACGCUUUGGGCAUCUGCGUUUUCUCUAUCCAUACCGAAAACCCUUUUUCUUUCCUCUUUUUGGGGAUCACUAUAAUGUGUGUUAGAAGAUUUUGAGGGUUUUCCGAGUGAAGAUUAAAGGUGAAGAAUUUCAAUCUAUUUAUACAAAAAAUAAUGUCAUCCGACGAUGUGAGAAUCAAUACGAUUUCGGUUUGAUGAAGUCGCAUAUGCCAAAUGCAUUACUAUAUGUAUGUGUAGAAACGAUAUGAUUUAAGUUUUCAAAGUCUUCUUCUCGAUGACUUUGAUCAUAUAUGAUGUUUUCAAGUGUCAUUAUAUGAGCAGUGAAUUGAGCGGUGGAGCUAAUCCAAGGGAGUUUGAAGAGGCAGCCUUGAGGAUAAGUUUGGUGAAGAAGCUGCCGGUGAUAACGCCUAAGCAAUCAUCGGCGAUACCGACGAUGGCGUUGCAGCACUCCUUCGACAGUUGCCGGAGUUUCAAGUGCAUGAUCGCUUCCGCGCAUCCCGGAACCGAUUUGAGAUCUUCCCAGCACUUCGCCGGAUCCGGCAAGAUUGAUUCCUCCGACAGCGGAGAUGGGGCUGACGCCGCUUUCUUGCUCUCUAGUUCGUUGGUCGCCGUCACGAAUGCGGACAACAUCAGUAGGGCUGCCACGAGCGCGGCCAUGAGGACCAUCCUUUUCUGUUGCUCCAUCUCUGAAUUCUUUUUUUAAUCUAAUAUUGUUGUGUGUUUCUUUUGUGAGUUUUGGAGAUUUGUGUGAGCAUGCACACGUCCAUGUUCCAAUUUAUAGCUGCCUUGGAAUUUAUGGUCGUACUCCCUUUUGAAUAAGAAAUCCAUGCAGUGUGGUUUACC